AUGGUAUUGGGGGACUAUCAGAAUACUGAAGAAGACCAAAUUUACAAAAUCCUUUUAUCCAUAAUAUGCCUUUACGGGAAUAAAGGUUUGCCUUUGGAAUGUGUAGAUGACGACUUUAAAACAUUCUGUGGUUUCUCUAUUCCAUAUGAAAAAUUCGGGUCAACGUCUUUGCGAUCCUGGAUACUCACCUUGCCAAACAUUUACCUUGUUCGUGAUUUUCACAAUAGAGAAGUUGUAAUUCAACAAAGUAAAAAGUCGACGCAUAUUAAAGAGAUGAUUCUAAAGCAGAAGAAAUGUGGUGGCAAAGUACAAUACGUAAGAAAUGACUAUAGGACGAAUAAUUUCUAUCAAAGGAAGCCAACAGUAAGAAAUCACAAAAACCUUCCAGAGGGGUCUUUUGUACAUGCAUCCAUCAAUAACCCGGCUGUAAAUGACUAUGAGAAGUUCAGUAUUUUCCGUAAAUUGGAAAAUAUGCUACCAUUAUUUUACAAACAUCAAGCUUUAGGGGAUGAUUUUUUCCUGGAUAUAGCAGAUAACAAGCUAGGAUGUUAUGUACCUGAUGCUGAUGAUAUCAAGCAAUGUGGUCUUUGUGUCUCUGGGCAGACCAUAGCUCAGCUCUUAGAAAGAGUGAAGAAUGCAGAAAUUCUAGCUCCAAGGCUCAUUGUGAUGAUUGGGUUUCAAGAUCUUAUAAUGGGCAACAACGUAAACAAUAUGAUUUACGAUUUAAAGCAACUAGUUACAGAACUAAAGCAUAAAAACGCUAGGGUUACACUUGUUACGAUUCCACCGUCUCCCAAGUUGCCUAACUCAAAAAAGCUCCAUGAAAGACUACGCAUUUAUAAUCAAGCAAUCAUGGACUAUUCUUGCUCUUGCGACUUACAAUGCAACGUUAUUGACAUGAAUAGAAUAUUUCAUCAACAGCAAGCUACUUUCAGAAGAGACUUUGAUAGGCUCUUAAAAGUGACGAAAAACGAUCAAUACAAAGUCUUCAGUGAUUAUGGCAGAAAAAUAUUCCUCACAACCCUGAAGACUUGCUUGAAGGAACAGCUAGAAGCUGGGCACUAAUGACAAACUUACCUUCGUCUUAUUAAAAUUAUCUGUAGAAAUAGGCUAACCUUAAUUUGUUUACAGUCUUUACAUAAGUUUAGUGUGUAUUUUAGUUCUCCUGUGAUAUUUUAUAAAGAUAGUAUGGCCACAAAUGGUGGUAUUGUUGAUGUCAUAUUGGACGUUAGAUAAGAUGAACUUGUAUUUGGUAUCAGGAUUACUGUGAGGUCUUUUUUACAGUAUAUCCACUUCACAUUUAUUUUCUCAUGCUAUUGAAUUCAGAAAAAGUACCGACAUUUUAUGUGGAACCUAUUUUACUGAAGCAAGUAAAACAUAAAAGCUAUUUGAGAAGAUUUAGAUAACUUAUUAGGAUGCUUUACAUACCCUAUACAUUAUUUUGUUGUCAUUACUUUAUAAAUUUUUUAUGCAAAGUGUACAUACAUAAUUUCAGUUAACAUUUCUUUGAUGCUAAGCAUACACAUGCAAGCUAUUCGAAAAACCAGGCUGAGCAAAAUUUUGAAAUGUGGGGAGCACACACUGUGAUAAGUGAAGCCAUCGCUAUUUGAAUUAUGUUUUUUAGAGCAGUGGAUAUAUAUUCUGUAGUCUAGAAUUUUGAAAAAUUAACUUUAAUGAAAAUAAUUAAAUUUUUAUGACAGUGAUACCAAAUAUGUUGUUCAGUGUUUUUUGAAGAGUAUACUUAGUGUUAAAAUAGAUAUACUUAUCAAAUUAAGUUAAAACAGUAAACUAGUUUAGAUUAAUGGAAUUAGAAAUUUAGGAAUAUGAAAUUUUGCUGCACUGUGAUAUAUUUGUUUAAAAAUACAAUCAACCAACACUAUAUCUGAUCAAUUUCCCAUUUUUUGUCAUGAUGACAAUAGUUAUAAUUCUGAAUUCAACAUUCCAAAAGCAUAGUUGUAUUUCUGACAGAAAACAAAUCAAAAUUGGAAAAUACAAUAAACAGAACUUUAACAUUUAAGAAAAAGCUCC